UCCUGCUGGUGUUUCCCUGGUGGUAAAGACCUUAAGAGUCCAAGUGAAAAAUGAGGGUCAGUGCAGCUCUGCUGGUGGUCCUGUGUGGCACCCUGACUGGGGCUCAGACGGAAUUCCCAGAGAGUUCAGAUGGAAAACCUUUGAUUGACCAGGCUGAACCAAUAAAGGAUGCAAAUCAACAAGAAAAGGAAGCAGAUAUUUUAGCCCAGCUGAGGAAGAUGGAGAGCCAGUUGGAGAUACUUAAGGCUCAAGCAGAAACAAAAGUGGCAUUCUCAGUUGGAUUAGGGGGUACUGGAUAUUAUGGACCUUUCAACACAGACGUCACUAUUGUCUACCCCAUCGUCUUAACCAACAUUGGCAACGCUUACAACACGGCAACAGGCAUCUUUACGGCGCCAGUGGGAGGAGUCUAUCACUUCACAGUCUACCACCAUUCAGGAAAGGACCGCCGCUCCGACUCCAUGCUGUAUAAGAACCACGACCAAAUUGCAUUUAUUUCUGCUCUGAACAAGGAUGGGUCCUACAAUGGAUCUAAUGGUGUCAUACUGCAGCUGGAGAAGGGAGAUGUGGUAUAUGUCCGCCUGAUGGCUGAUUCAUGGCUCUGGGACCAUGUGAAUAAUGUCCCUCACCAUGGUUCCAAAGGAUGGUGCCACUUCAAUGGCAUUUUACUGUUUGCUGAGUAAACCUGAGUGCAACAAAAACCUAGAGUCAACUCAAAAAGUAUUGUCACUGUUCACGAAAUGAACAAAAACCUUCUGCAAAAAAUAAAUAACACAAAAAAUCAA